UGUGACCCACCGAAAUUCAAACUCCGACAAUCAAACUCGCCGCUGUAGAGCAGCAGCCCUUCAAACCACUUUGCGGAGAACGGUGACCACGGCGGCGACGGAAAGCGGUCACGCUAGCACCAACGACCAGUGCUGAAAGCCAGUGCUGUCCGUGUGUCCACCCAAGCCCGUAUUGAGAAAAAAAACAGAGCCCCAAAAGAGCGCUCUAAGAUACGAGUAACUGUCGCCUGCAAAUGGAGUCGAUGUACAGCAGCAACUGGUUAACCCCAGACGUUCACCAUUCUCCUCCUCCGUCUCAACCACACGAAUGGGCAAAACAAAGCCAGCUACAGGGCCAGCGCGUCGUCCAUAGCCAGCAGUCGCCAGGCGGCCCGGCCGCUUCACCUCAGCCUUCCCUCGAUUUGUCCGAGUUCACGAAUCUUCAUGAACUGACAGGGCCGUCGGCGUCACCAGCGGGAACAGUGGCGUCCACCAACGCGUCAUCGCCGAGCAGCUUUUACAACAUCGGGCAGUUCGCGGGCGCAUUCUACGGAGGCUCCCACCAACAGCCAUAUUAUGGCGGACGAUGGCCUACUCCACAGACGUCGCAGGCCAUGGACACCAUCCCUUUGUCCAACUACUCUACACUGAAUGGUGCCACGAGCUCAAGCACGGCUUCAUCCUCACAGCAAUCGCUCAUGAUUGACCCUGCUCUGACGACGAUGAACAAUACGACACCGAACGGCGCUCACCACGAUCCGUAUGCAUCCAAUUACGCCAACCCGCCCAGUUCACAACCUCGACCUGCACAGCAGACACACCCACAACAGCAGCCACAACAACAACCGCCCUUCAACCCAUACCACUACCUCCAGCCGUACCCGCAACCCCAGGUCCAGCAAUCGUCAUCCUCACUCGCCUCAUCACCGACUCAGGGGACGCUCUCUCCCCAUGUCUUGCACGCGUCUGCGAAUCCUCUCAUGGGCGGCGCAUACUAUCCUCCCCUCGGCAAAUCACAGCCCCAGGUGCAAGCGCAGAGUCCACCACAGUUGCCACCACCCCCAGCUCACUCGCCUCCCGUUGCGGCCCCAGGCCCCUCACCCCAGGAGCGCAAAGCCGCCUUCGUAAAUGGGAUCCGAUCUCUGCUGCAAGGCAACGCGUUUACAGGGGCUGCGGCAGUCACCUCGUUGACAAAUCGGGUGUUGGAGUAUGGGCCCUCAGAGGUAGAUGGGGCCACGCGAUUAGAGAUCCUGACCAAGAUCCGGGACGGGGCUGGGAACCACUAUUUCCGUGCAUGGGCCGAGAAUUCGGCUGCGAUGGAUAUCACCAGAGAGUGGCUCAAGGCGGCGUUCAUGUCCUCCCACAAGGCUGCAGAUGGUGGUGAAGAUCUGAGUGAAACGACCAUGCCGCUCCUCCAUAUUGUCGACCGUCUUCCGUUGACAGUAGAGACUCUCAAAUCAUCUAAAUUGGGCAAGGUCGUUGUCAAGCUGGCCAAAGAAACAUCCUCAGCUGCAAUCAGGGAUAUGGGGACCAAUAUCGAACGGCGGUGGCGCUCUCUUGUGGAUAAGACGCCGCAGUCGCAGCAACAAGAACCGGUGGAUGAUCCCAAGUCGAGGAAGCGAAAGUUGUCGGAGCCCCCGGCCAAACCUCCGCCCCUGAAGAAGCCGGCAACGACGUCUUCUGCGAGCAGCAGUAAGGUUGUAAAGAAGGAGGCUGGAGUCAAGUCUACAGCGGUCAAAGACGCCAAGUCCGAUUCGUCGUUCUUUUCAGCCCCCAAGAAGCAGAAGCUUCCCAGCUUCAAGAAAGCACCUGUGACCUUCAAGAAAGAAGAUGCUGACUCGAACAUCGCGCAGCCGAAUGCGAUCGAUCCGUUCCAAGAGGCACUCCAGUUCAUGAACAAACGGAAAGGCUCCCCAAUCACGCCGGCAUCGCUCCGCACGGAGUCCCCCGUCCAGGUCACGGGAUCUGAAGUGGCCGCGGCUAGCACCGUGUCAGUCAAGACGGGAAAGCAAAAGAAGACCGUGACUUGGGCACCUGACCAUGCACUGGAGGCGGUUCGGUUGAUCGACCGUGCUGACUACGGAGACGAGAACGAUGCGGAUGGCGGGGGCUAUCAACAGCACAGCCUGCGUGAUCUUGAUCGGAAUGAGGGAGCGGCUCUCCACAUGCUGGUGUUCGAGGAAACCCUGGACUGGGCUGAGCCAUCGCCGUUUGAGCUGCCUCCAAACGACGUUCCUGCACGUGGGUCCGCAAGUCAAGAAGUCAUCAUCCAGACGGAGCGAGAGAAGACGGUACUCAUCGCUGCUUACAUGAACCCAUCGUCGAUUCCGGACUCGCCGGCGGAGCCUCCGCUGGUGAUUUCUGAGGAAGAAACGGACAAGCAGCUCACAGAAAUGACCUGCGGACCGGAUGUCGACGAGGUGUUCUGGAGUGAACAACAAGUGCCUGUCCAGGACAUCGGCGCGCCGCCUGCCUCAGUAGCAGAUCUCGUCGGCCAGCUGGCUGCGCCAGCCGUCGGGGAUCAGAGCGCCGCGGCAUCUUUCGACAUGGGACUAGGCUCCCUCCCCCCGGAGCAGUUGCAGCAACUGCUCGCCCAGCUGUCGCAAUUCCCAUUACAGGCGAUACAGCAGCAAGGCUAUCCUGACUGGAACAACCAGGAGCUGGACUACUCGCACCAACAGCAGUACGGCGCACAGCAGCCGCAGCAACAGCCAUUCACCGAUGGGAGUGCGUCAGAGCGAGGAUCCUGGCGCGGUCGCGGCCGAGGACGGGGCCGAGGACGAGGAGGCUCGAAUGGCGGAGACGAUUUUAGACAGAAUAGGAAAAACACCCCUUGCAAUUUCUUUGCCCAAGGCAGGUGCCGAUACGGAGAUCGGUGUGACUACAGCCAUGAUGCACCAACAGGAUCUUAUUAGUUUGGCAUAAGUACAUCUAGCAUUGUAUUCACUGCAUACCUACAUUUCAUAACGCAAUUCAUACAUUUUGGACGAUCAAAAAGUAGUCUCCGGCCUGCACGCGGAGAGGGGCUUGAAGCCGAGCGAUCACCGAUCAUGAUAAUCUUAUCGUGACCAUCAUCCGAGGCUGUGCUAUGCGCACGUGCGACGAUGAAUCAUGGCUGCACAGUCCUUCGGCAACUACCGACACUCACCAAGUCAACCUCAAAAACUCGCGCCGUCGUCGCCCUCGUAAGUAAGAUCGAAAAUGAGUGAUUCCACCUUCAAGCGUUUCGUUGAAGUCGGCCGUGUCGUCCUCCUCAAGUCCGGUCCGUCCUCUGGCAAAAUUGCCGUCAUUGCCGAGAUCAUUGACCACAACCGUGCUAUCAUUGACGGACCGACCACCGGCGUGCCAAGACAAGCCUUCCCGUACAAGCACCUCACCCUCACCCCCUUCGCGCUCACAAAACUGCCCCGCGGCGCGGGCACGGGCGUGAUCAAAAAGCAGGUCGAGCAGGAGGCCGUCGUCGAGAAGUGGGACAAGUCGAGCUGGGCACAGAAGCGCGCGGCCGUCGUGAAGCGCGCCGCGCUGAACGACUUUGAGCGGUUCGGCGUGAUGCUGGCGAAGAAGGCCCGGAGGGACGCAGUUAGGAAGUCCAUCGCCAAGGCCAAGUCGACAUGAUGUGUGGCUUUGCUGAGUGGGAGUGGGUGCACUCUUGGUUGGCGGUGGUAGACGGCGCGGGUAUUUGUCGAGUAUGCUUCCAUGAAAUGACAUAUGCGCUAUGUACAGCAACCAGUCUUCGAACCUCCGUUUUCGUUCUGAUUGA